CCCGCUUAAGAUUAAUCCUAACGAGACUCUAGAGCAGAACUCUCUGGAACCCAUGUCCAUGGGCUCACAGGUUCUGUCAGGUCAGCACUCAAACCUGUCGGACCUUAAGGCCGGUAGCUUUCCUGUCAGCUACCGGCUCAGGUCUUACCAUCUCAGGAGGCCAGCUGACAAACAGGAUGCACUGAAGUCUCCUGCUGGUGCAGAGGAGGCAGAUGUUCUUGAAAACCAGCAGAGGGCAGCGGAAGGGGAGCGGACGCAGGCUGUCCAAACUCCAGAGAUGGCACUUCGAACCAUGAACCCAAAGGGGCUGGUGAAGGUGGACCAGCGCGUGCCGGCUGACAGUGUGGCGGUGCACUGUGGUGACGGCAAGGUCACCGUAGAGGUCAAACAGAACUUUUUAGGAAACAAUCAGUUGAUUCACCCAAGUGACUUGACUUUAGGAGGCUGUGCCGCGCUGGAAGCUGCUGACCACAUCUUGCUCUUCCAGACGGAGCUGCAAAGCUGCAGCAGCACCAUGAAUCUGACUGAAGAGUCUCUCAUCUACACCUUCUCUCUGAGCUACUUGCCGACGCCCAUUGGCAACACCUUUAUUUUAAAGACGAACCCUGCUGAGGUGGUGAUUGAAUGUCACUAUCCGAGGUUGCAUUAUGUGAAUAGUGAUGCGUUGAGGUCUACCUGGAAGCCAUUUGAGUCCAACAUCUUGACGGAAAAUCAGCUGCACUUUUCUCUGCGUCUAAUGUCAGAGGACUGGCAGACAGACAGGGCUUCCCAUGUUUACAUCAAUGACAUGAUGCACAUCGAGGCGUCAGUCCUCCAGGGACAUCAUAUCCCACUGAGGGUCUAUGUGGACAGUUGUGUGGCCACUGCUGACUCCAACCCAAAUUCCCAGCCCAAACAUCGGUUCAUCAAAAACCACGGUUGUUUAACUGAUGCCAAGUUGACGGGAGACAAGUCCUACUUCAUGCCAAGAAGUCAGGAGGCUAAACUUCGUUUCCAGCUAAAAGCCUUCAGAUUCCACCAGACUCACAGCAACUUGCUCUACAUCACAUGUUUGCUGAAAGCAACGGUGCUCUCUGUUCCUGUUGACGAGCAGCACAAAGCGUGUUCCUUUCUGAUCGAAGCAAACAGGUGGGUGGCAUCAGGUGGCGACAAUAAGUUGUGUCACUGCUGUGAAACAACUUGCAGCAAUGUGAAGAGGAAGAGAAGAAGUGUUGAUUCUGACCUACAGUUUGAGGGGACGGCUGCUCUGGGUCCGGUGCUGUUGAAGGAUGACAGGUUGCACAAUGAGGUGUUGCUUCCAGAGCCAUCUUAUCUGAUGCAGACUCAUGAACAGAGUCAAGCUGCCUCAUUUCAGUCAUUGGCCCUGAUGUGUGGAGCAGCUUCAGCACUGGGAGUGGUGUUAAUAUUCGUGGGUGUCCGAGUUUUAUGCACGUUCCACAGAGCUGCUGGCCACUACGUGGCUACAUAA